GGAAAUAACUCUAUUGCCGUUAGAAAAAUAAAACAUGCUUGAGGAGGGAAUACGUAUGGGCUACGAACGAAGCUAUUGACGAACGGCUUCACAAGUAAUAGUUCACAAGUUCUAGAGAUCUAGAAUCUAGCUCUAGAUUACGUUUAACAAAGUGUUUCUCCGUCACCCACCAAGAUGAUAAUUCAAGUUGAUGCAAAGGCCAGGGUGAACCUGGCUACCAAUUUGGCUUCUAUGCAGGAAGCUGGGGAGCUGUGCGAUUUUGCUGUCAUCGUUGGGGAGUCCAAAAUUUUAGCUCAUAAGUGUAUCCUGGCAGCGUCGUGUGAGUAUUUCCGCACAAGUUUCCGCUUCAGCCAGUCCUCCGAGGCAUCCUCCAGUAUUGACCUCUCACAUCUCGGCUGCAGCAUGUCCGUGGUGAAAAAUAUUAUUCAGAGCUUCUACAAAAACGAGAUCGAGCUGGAAGAGUCUUCGGUGGAGGCUGUACUGAGACUUGUCGAUUACUUCAUGUGUGAGGAUCUCCGGUUGUGCGUGGAGGUCUUUAUGGAUAAGACUCUGGGUUUCCACAGUGCAGUACUGUACUUUCAACUAGCCCUGCAGUACAGGCUUAACUCGACCAGUCUCUUCCGCAAUGCCCAGUGCUACCUAUGGUUCCGGUUCCAUGACUACUUCCUCUAUCACCCAGACACUUUGGACUCCAGUGUAGACGUGUUACGAGCUUUUCAACAGUACAGAUUGUUUCAUUUCUGCUCCCCUCUGCAAGUGCUCGACUUUAUGCUGAGAAAUCUCUCCCAUGCACUGUCAACAGUACAGCAUUAUGAUGCAGAAGAGGCCUCGAAAGAAUGCUGUAUAGAAAGAAUCACUCAGACAUUUGAGAUCAUUUCGUCCGUAUUUGACAAUAUGGAGCGAGCGGCAAUUAAAAAAUGGACACCAUACUUGCUGAGAUUUGUCCGGAAAUGGAUGAUGAAGGGAAAAAUGUUGAAGGCAUUUGGUAGUCUGAAGAAUCAUGUACACGACCUCAAAGAGAAGCUGGUGACUGAAGCUUUAGGUGAAUCUGAAAGUUCUCGCUCAGUGGAGGAAUCUAAAAUAGGGGAGGUACUUGAGAUUCAGUCUGAGGAGAUGUCAGAGAAUUCGAGCAAUGGGAAUGCUGAAAACACUAAUCUAGAUUUAAGUGGGCCUCGUGUUUUGAGCAGACCAUCUUUGGGAUCUGCUAACUGUGAUGCUCCAGACAAUAGUAAUGGUUUGUUAUGUAGUGCAGCAAACUUUAGUGCAAGUUCAACUGCUAGUGAAACGGUUACUACUCAAAUGACUCCUGCGUGUCGCCUGUGGAAAGUGAAUGGAAGAGAUGCCUUGAGGUCCAAUGGGUUUGAAUGUGCUCCUGAGCUUCGUAACCCGGAGAGCAGUGUGCCUUUUGUCGCUGAUGCCCUCAGUGUGGUUACUUCCCCUACCCCUGAUUCAGCAACUGCAUUAACGUCUCCCAUGUCACCGAAAGAUGUCCUUGAGCGGCACAUGUCAGAGAUUCUCGUUGUCCUCGCACCGUCAGCAGAAAUGUCGUCCCAGGUGAACGUGGUGGACGCGGGCAAGUCGUGGCCGCUGGUCAGUAGCCCUCAGCUUGAGCUGGCCUUGUACGAUGUGGAGCUCAAGACCUGGAGGUGUUCUGGGAGGUUGGAGUUUCCGCUGCCAGGGGCAAUGCUGGAGAAACACAUGUGGAGACUGGCCUUCUUCAACAACUGUGUUUAUCUGUUCAGUCUGGUGAAAGCUACUGGUAUUGAGUAUGACCUGACUACAAAGAAGUGGACUUUUCUCAAAUGUAGCGAAUUGUUUGCGCCUCACAAUGAAGACUCCCCUGUGAAGAGUGUCAUACCAAUUGCUGUAGGCAGCAAGCUCAUUGUCUUGUCUAUGAGUCGAUCCCCAAGGACAGAUGGCUCAUACUGGACACAGCAAAAUUUCCAUGAGUUUAACUUCCAGACGAAAACGUUUACUCACUCUGCGAUGGUGCGUGAUGAGCGCAUUGACCUCCCGGUCACUCAGUGGACAGUACAUGGAAACACCUUGAUCACAGUGAAGGCUAGCACGAUGAUGUAUCGCCACCUGUCUCGCAUCCAGUACAUACACGUGUUCGACGCAGACACAUCGUCGGUGAAGACACACAAUGUAGUGUGCGCUAUGGAGUCGGGAAUUAAGGUUCUCAUGAAAGGUUCGGUGGUCUAUCUGUUAGAUAAGGAGGGCUGGUGUCGCUCGUACGACUUGGGCAGCUCUGAGUGGACAGGCCUCACCCGCUACCCGACGCAGACUCAGACGUCUUUCACCAGCCCGUACACUCAGGAGAGUGUGUACCCGGCUUUGACGCGUGUCACGUGCCAUGCUGGCAGCUCUCGCUGGGAGGUGACCACCAGCCCCAGUAACUGCAGCGCGUACAUGCAGGAGGUGCUGGUCGCGGACGACGGGUCGAUUGCCACCGAGCACCAUGCCCCGCCCCCAUUCCAGUUCGUCACUGGGUUGUGCCCCGGCAUGAUGGCCAGGUCCAUGCUUGACCAGCUGUCCCAGGCACAGUUUGAGUACUGUGAGUCAAAGAACUGUUGAAUGAAAGAAGAACAACGAAUUGUUGAAAUACUCUUCUUAUAAAGCCACUAGAACUAGAAGAUGGGUGACUUGAUUGCAAAUAGAUGAGUAAGAGACUACUAUUCCAUGUACACAUUCACAGAUAGGUUUUAGGGCUUGACUUCUUUUGAUUCCAUUUUGCCUUUUGUUCCUCUCUCGUUUAAGCUUCUUGUAACUUUAUAUAUUAUGUAAUGCUUUUAACAAGGUGCUUUUUGUACAGUCUUGAUAUAGACUAUUAUGCUUGAAACAUUAUAUAAUGUGUAAAAAUGUAAUGCAACAGAAACUUCCUACUCAUCUAUUUGCAAGUAAAUUUUAUGACGUGUUGCUCUUCUGUUUUUAUGUGGCUGAACGUCUUGUUGGGAGGGUGAUUAAGUAACCUCUGUUCAGCUGCAGGCUAUGCUCCUGCCCUGGAGGUGUUUUUCUGUCAAAUACUCAAAUUUUAAGUUCUUUU